UUUAAUCAUAGAACCUGGAUAUCAUUAUGUAUUUAGGACUAAGGGCCUCCAUGUGUUUUUCUCCAUAAUCUCUUUGCUUUCCCUUACUGAGUGUUUGUCAAACAAAACUCAUUAAACAAAGUACUCCUUUAUUCUCGGGUAGAUGGAACUAAGAGAGCGAACAAACAGCAGUAAUGCAGUUGCUGUAGAGAAGAGGAAAAAAAAAAGCAACAUUCCAAGAAAUUUUGUUAAUACAUGCCAAUGCAGUUUUAUAUGAGAAGCAAUAGUUCCAUUCAAGAGAAACUGCAUUUUUCCAGGACAUCUGCAGUGAAGAAAACAUCUCAGAUCUCCCAUCCAGCAGGCUACAGCCUUGGCUACGAAGCUACCAACCAGUUACACUCAUUUACAAGAGAGAAACACGCAGACAAAAGGUGACAGCAGAUAAUCAUCAUGGCAUCAGCAAGUCUGCAGUUCUUUGCUUUUAUUCUGGCUUUGUUUGGUGUUUUUGGAGACAUCACGGCCACCUUGCUACCAAACUGGAAGGUAAACGCAGAUGUUGGUUCAAAUAUCAUAACAGCUAUAACACAGAUGCAAGGACUUUGGAUGGACUGCACAUGGUACAGCACCGGGAUGUUUAGCUGUACCCUGAAAUAUUCUGUUCUCUCCCUCCCCGUCUACAUCCAGGCUGCACGGACCACCAUGGUACUGUCUUGUAUCCUAUCAGCCUUUGGGAUCUGCAUCACUACAGUUGGAAUGAAAUGCACAAAGUUGGGAGGGGACACUGACAGCAAAAGCCAUGCUUGUUUUGCUGGAGGAGUCUGCUUCAUUCUUGCAGGAAUCUUUGGAUUAGUACCAACAUCCUGGUACACGAGAGAAAUUAUUGCAAGUUUUCUGGACCAGACCAUUCCAGAGAGCAGUAAACACGAACCAGGAGGAGCGGUUUAUACAGGAUUCAUUUCAGCAGGGUUUCUGCUUAUUGCAGGUGUGAUCUUCUGCACUUCCUGUUUUAAAAAGCAGCAAGGAGCAUGGAUUUACCCUCCAAAGCAGCACCAUUUCCCAUCCACAGAGCAGGAGAGCGAUGCAGGUUACAACCUGAAGGACUAUGUGUAA